AUCAAUAUUUUUUAUUAUGAAGAAAAAUUAUGGGACGGGUACGAACUUUUUAUAUAUUAUGAAAUCUAAAUUUAAAAGUUUUUUGCUGUUCAUAUUUUUCUGAGCAAUGUCGCGAAGGGACGGACAGGCAAACAAAUAAUUUCCUUAUUGACUGAAGGUUCUUAACUUUUUUUGCCUGUCCUUAGAUAUAUGUCAAUGAUGUAUCUAUGUGUACUUAGCAAUAUCGUACAACUAAGUAGUUUCUUAAAGAUUUAGUCCUCAAGACCGCCUUGUUAUAAAUACGAGCCAACUUAAUUGAAUAAUCUCUUUAGGCCAAAUCGAACGUGCACUUGACAUCAAAACGAUCUCUAAAUGGUGUGUUAGUUAUCAUUCGCGCGUUCCUUCCGCUCGGAUUAGUCCGUGCAUGAAUUAGCGUGAGCGAGACGUACGUUCGGGCGAAUGAGACCAAAAUUAUAUUAUUUAGAUAUCGUUUUUAUGUCAGCUACACCUCUAAUGUAGCUAUUCGUCAAGAAUAUUAAUAAAUAAGGACCUAUUAUGAGAUACUUUAUGAGAAAAAAAUUGAAAUGUUGAGUACCUAUGUCUGUUCUAGUUAAACAUGUAAUCUUAGUAGUAUUAUUUUUGUAUAUUUAUCAAUUUGUGCCGCAGUUUACAAGCAGCUGUUGAGCUCACUAGACUGAUAACAGUGUGUUGUGAUAUGUUUAAUAUGUUGUUUAAAACGGCGCUGUCUGGCUCAAAUAUAAUUAUUAAUAGAAGUGUAAGUCGUUUAGCAUCAAAUGGGUAUCUGCACAACCCCGGUUCCGAGCCGCUGACUUACGCCACCUUCGGCCAGGUUGUUGAGGCCUCCGCUGACCGCUGGCCAGGGCGCGUAGCCGUCCGGUCAAUCUACGAAGACGUCUCGCUGACCUAUGAACAACUACUGACUAAAGCAGACUCUUUAGGAUGUUCUCUAAGGGCUCAAGGCCUAGAGAAAGGGGACAUGGUUGGCAUUUGGUCCCACAACAACUCCCAGUUUAUUGUCACCCUGGUGGGCGCUGCUCGAGCGGGACUUAUAUCGGUAUUGCUCAAUCCUCUCUAUGAAAAACCAGAACUAAGUUUUUGUAUCGAAAAAACUGGACUUAAAGCAAUCGUAAUAGGAGAUACGAUUAAAAGAAACUACUUCAAGACUAUAGAAGAAUUAAUACCAGAAGUUCAUAAACAUACACCUGGAAACAUUGAGUCAAAAGAGUUUCCUAGUUUAAAAGCAAUUAUAUCAUGUGAUAAAAUGGAAUUGCCUGGCACCUUCUGUUUCGAGUCCCUAUUGGCGAGUAAGCAAGACGCCUCACGGUUUUGCACUAAGGUUGAGCCUGAUGAUGGAGCUAUCAUACAUUUAACAUCAGGAACCACAGGAAACCCCAAAGCAGCAUUAGACGCGCAUUUUGGAUACAUUAAUAACAGUUAUUUCAUAGGCAAGAGGCAAAAGUUACACGAGGAACACCACACUAUCUGUGUCCAGGCACCACUGUUCCACGCCAUGGGUUCAGUGAUCACGACGGGCGCUGCGCUGCGUCACGGCGCCACGCUUGUGCUAGCGGCGCCUAUUUACAACCCAGGCAUGAACUUGAAGGCUCUGCUUAAUGAGAAAUGUACAGUACUGAACGGCACGCCGACGAUGUUCGUCGACAUACUGAACUUGGUGAGGAGUACUUGCGCGAAGCCCAACCUCAGGGUCGCGCUGAAUGGAGGGGCUCCUUGCAGUCCACAGCUUGUAAAGGAUAUUAAAAUGCAUCUUAAUGCUGAUAUGGUUACGAGUUUAUUUGGAUUAUCGGAGACCACGGCAGCUGUGUUUCAAAAUCUACCGGACGACAGCACCGAGCUCGUCGCAAACACUGUUGGCUAUAUUCACGACCAUGUCGAAGCUAGGGUGGUCGACGAUGACGGCAAAACUUUACCCUUUGGUAGCCCUGGCGAGCUGCUGGUAAGAGGCUACUGCAACAUGAUUGGUUACUGGGACGAUCCGAAGAAAACAAGAGAAACUCUCAGAGAUGACGGCUGGCUGCAUACCGGGGACAAAUUCAUCCUGGGUGAAGAUGGCUACGGGCGGAUAGUGGGUCGGCUAAAGGACAUCAUAGUGCGCGGCGGGGAGAACAUCGCGCCCAAGGAGAUCGAGGACCUGCUCAACACGCACCCUGACGUUAUCGAGAGCCAGGUGGUAGGCAUUUCCGAUGAACGGCUAGGCGAGGAGCUCUGUGCCGUAGUGCGUCUUCGCGCCGGCGCCACAUUCAGCGCGGAUGACCUGCGCCGGCACCUAGACGGCCGCCUCGCCAAGUUCAAGAUACCGCGCCUGCUGAGGGUCGCCGAGCAAUUCCCCAAGACCAACUCCGGGAAAAUACAGAAGUUUAAGAUACGGGACUUGAUUGAAUCGGGGAAGCUCUAAUUUAAUCAGGUACCUAUAUUCUGUUUUUUUAUUCCGUAGACUAAAAUGACAUUUCAUGUGGUACUAAGAAAUGUCAUGUCUUACAUAUGAAACGUCAUUUUAGUCUACCGAAUAAAAAAACAGACCUUCAUACGUGCUGAGUAUAAAUAUAAUAUAAUUUAUUAUUUCCAAGAACUACGAGUAUGACAGUGUAGUGGCUAGCCAUCGACAGGUAAGUUACCUAUACAAAAACAUUAAUUAAAUCUGUCGUGUUUAAUUAUUUAUUUACCUAUGUAAAGUAACCGCACCUACUAACGGCUUAUCAAAAAUCCGCCGAUUUUACCGGCUAAUAAAUAUCAAUCAAAAUUUCCGCCUGUCUGUACCUAAUAGGGUAGCUCAGCAAGCAAAUAAAUACGCGCGACCGUACAUUUGGAAUCGCUUAAAGCUGCAUUAAUCGUAGAGUUGUGCGGGUCUCGAGAACGUUCUCUUUUUACUAUGGGGAAUAUUCUCGAGCGAGGACGUUUCCUAUACAAAAUAGAGAACAUUCUUGAGAACAGUACAACAUGCCACAAUUAUAAAUGUGCGUGUCAGUGGUAGCGCAAACAAAAGACAAACAAGACAAAUCUGUAGCUAUUUGUGUGUGUGGCUAUUUGACCCAUGUUAUUUCACUGAUUUGUAAUAAAUAUCAAACGGUGUCGCCAUCUACUCGAAUAUAGGCCAAAGGUAUAUCGCCAUCUAUUCGAGCAUAAAUUUUACUUGAUUUUUCGAGGCCCCGUUUUUUUUAGCCUUUUUCAUCUUAUACAGAGUUAUGUACACAUUAUUAUAUAUCUUUGAUGCGACGUUUUGAGUUAAAACAAAUUAGUGCUAGUGGUACAUUGCUUGCUGAAUUAUUUUAUAUGGAAAAAUAAAAGUCGUCCAUUGUUUAUAAAACCAAUGAAUCUGUGUUAAUUAAUGCCUAAACUAACUCCAUUUGACCAUUUGAUUAUGUGGUCGUAUCAAAAAUACACGCUGUAUAUAAUUGCAAUUUCCAUUGAAAUUAUUUAAGAAGUUGGAUUAUGUAAAAGAUACAGCAUGUUUACAGACAUUAUAGAAAACAUGUAUUUCCCUAGUUUUAUUACCCUAAAAAUAAAUCAAAAAUAAAAUCGUAAGUACGUAUUUUCCAUUUUUGUUGUACUUUUUUUUUACCUACCUAUAUAGUUGUAAGAAGUUAGUUCAUAAGUUACUGUUUUUGUAGCUAUAAAUUAUGUGUUUAUUGAAUAAAACCUUAGUCUUUAAUCAA